AUGGCUUCUACGUCGUAUUCUGUGUCAAGUCGCAACAAUGGCGACUUGCACUUGAACUAUGUCAACGAUCGCAACACUACAUCUCAGCACACGGUGUAUACAACUAGCAAUGGUGCACCAAUGCCCCAUCCUUUCGAAACUCAACGAGCUGGAGAAAAUGGUCCUUUGCUGCUCCAAGACUUCCACCUCAUUGAUCUCUUAUCACAUUUUGAUCGUGAGAGAAUCCCUGAGAGAGUAGUCCAUGCAAAGGGUGGUGGUGCCCAUGGCUACUAUAAAACUACCAAUCCACUGGAUGACCUUUGCCUUGCAGACAUUUUCUCUGCUGAAGGAAAAGAGUGCCCCAUCACAAUUCGAUUUUCGACUGUUGGUGGCGAAAGCGGUUCUCAUGAUCAUGCCCGAGACCCCCGAGGCUUCUCUAUCAAGUUUCGCACUGAUGAAGGCAACUGGGAUCUUGUGCAAAACAACACACCAGUUUUCUUCAUCAGAGAUCCUGCAAAGUUUCCUCAUUUGAUUCAUACUCAGAAGAGACAUCCUGCAAGCCAUCUUGGCAGCGGUGAUGACUCUACCAUGUUUUGGGAAUAUUUCAGCCAGAACCCCGAAUCCAUUCACCAAGUCAUGUACACAUUUGGCGAUCGCGGCAUCCCGGAUAGUUGGCGCCAUAUGCAUGGAUACAGUGGCCAUACCUUCAAAUUCGUGAACAAGGAGGGCUCCUGGGUAUACUGCAAAAUCCAUAUUCGCUCGAAGCAGGGUACUGGCUUUUUGACCCAAGAAGAAUCCACGCGUCGUUCGCCUGACGCAAACCAGAAGGAUCUCUAUCACUCUAUUGAGCGCGGCGAGUUUCCUCAGUGGGAUUUAUGCGUGCAAACCAUGACUCCAAAGCAAGCUGAGGAGUUGUGGGAGACCCAAAAGAUCAACGUCUUUGAUCUUACUCACUGCUGGCCCCAAGGCCAAUUUCCUCUCCGCAAGGUUGGAGAGCUCUGCUUGAAUGAGAAUGUGAAGAACUACUUUGCCGAGAUUGAGCAAGUUGCUUUCAGCCCAUCUCAUCUCGUUCCCGGAAUUGAGCCCUCCGCCGACCCUGUUCUUCAAGGUCGCUUAUUCUCAUACCCCGACACUCAACGUCACCGUCUGGGAGUAAACUACCAACAGCUUCCUGUCAAUGCGCCUCGCACAGGCUACCAAAUGGCCAACUUCCAGCGAGAUGGGCCCAUGGCCUUCUUCAACCAAGGCGCAAGACCGAACUACUUUUCUUCUAUCGAGCCAAUUUCUUUCAAAGAACGUAAGAUAAAUCUAGACAAAACUCAUGGAGCCUUCAUCGGGAGAGCAGUCGCUUUCCUCUCAGAGAUCAGACCCAAAGACUUUAACCAGCCUCGUGUCCUCUGGGAGAGAGUUUUUGAUGACGCCGCCAAAGAGCGAUUCAUCAACAACGUGGCCGGCCAUAUGAGCACUUGCACAGAAAAGGAGAUUAUUAAACGCCAGAUUGGCAUCUUCCGUGAAGUGUCUGACGAUCUUGCCAAUAGACUGGAGGAGGCUACUGGUAUCCACGGCUAUCCUGGUAUCAGCGAGCUUGUCUUCAACGGUUGUCACAAUGGCAUGGCAAAGAGCGCCUCCCUUCGACCUGCGAAUGGACAAAAGAGCCCUCAUUUCAACGCGAACAAUGGAGGUCCUUCAGCUGGAACUCGUAGUUAA